CGUACGCUGGGCCUUUUCCUGGCAGAGCUCGGGACUCAUGAAGAGGUGGGGUCUUUACGGGCAGGAACAUCCAUUUCCCUUCUCCCGGCGAAACAUCUGUCUGGGUUGAUUCUGUGGUUGUUUCUCUCCCGAAGCAGCUGGAGAGUUAGGGAGUUAAGGUGUGAAGCUAUGGCUGCUGAGAAAGAUGACAACAGGGAAACAUGUUACAGGAAGCCCAGUCCCAAACUGUGGACUGCGACACUGUUGGUUCUCACAUAUGCGGUCUGGUGUGUAGUGCUGCCCAUCUUGACAGCAUCGGGACACCUUCUGAACAGCCAGAGCUUUGAAUGUGGGAACAGUGAUGAGGGUGAUUCCAGGCUGAAAAGGAAAGCCUUACUGGUGUAUUUGUGGUCAGGCCUCAGUCUGCCCAUCUGUAUCUUGCUGCUGGUGAAAAUUUGGAUAAGGAAGAGCUUUUAUUUGGUGUUAUUUGGCUCAAUCUGUAUCCUGUUUGUCAUUAUGGUUAUUUCUUUUACAAAGACUUGGGAAAAAGAGACUCAGGAAAAAGAAAUGUUUAAGAAGCAUUACCUGGCCCUGAAACCUCUGAGAGAUUUACCAGGAAACACACAAACUCAUUUGAAUGACACAAACUGUCCUGCACUCAACAAUGUGCACCGCUGGCAGGCUGAGUUUAAGUGUUGUGGACUUGAAGGCUACCAAGACUGGGGGUCCGCAAUCCCAGACUCAUGCUUAUGUGAGGGAGAGGACGACCGCUCCGGAUGUGUUGGAGUUGGAGACAUCCUCAUUUAUGAGAAGCCUUGUCUCCCUACAGUCUUAUCCCUUGAACAAGAAGGCAGCUCCAUGUUUUGGCCCGCCAUGAUAGUUUGGAUGACCAUCACUGGAGCUUUAAUUUUCACCUUGGUGUUGCUUGUUGCGGUCUUUUGUUGUGUGUGUAGUUAUUGGCUCUACUGGCAACCAUGCUGCUAUGCACUGAGGGACUGGAUAUACACAUUGAGCGGACGAGAGGUAAUGGUUCCAGUGGUAUUCAUUAGAAAGAACAAUAAUAACCAAAAACAGGAGGAAAACGGAAAAGAUGGGGAAGUAAAAGAAAGUGGCGUGAACGAGAGCGUAGUCCUGGACACAGCGCACGGAACAACUGUGGAAGGAGAGGUACGAGAAGCAAAGGAACGGCAAUGGGAUGACAACGUAAUGAGCAUGAUCCCUCUGUCAGAGCUGAGGAGGCUGCAGGAAGAGCUGGACCCGCCUCCUAUACAACAUCAUAUUCAAGGUCUGUGUGUACUUCCUUGUACACCCAAGAGUUUCUACCUAAUCUUGAUAGAGGAGGGUUCACCGCUGCUACCCAGUAAUGCCGUGUUGGCUGAUCCCGACAAACCCUCUACAUGUUAUUGGGCAGAGGGACACCACAGUUUCUUCGUUGAGGAUACUGUUUGGCCGAAAGACAUAACACCACAAGGUACUCCACCGUCGUGGUGUUAAACUGUGAGUUUGUGCUGCUGCUGUCGAUACAACACUGUGCUACGUGUUUUCACACUGCAUUUCACGCACUGCAAAAUGUCAUAUCCAAAGAACUGUGGAUUAGAAACAGAGCUGUGGCACAGUAUGAGUGUCUCACUCAGUACCAAACAAAUAUUGGAUCAGACUGCCAUGAAAUUUUAUACAGACAUUCAUGGUCCCAAGUCAGAGGAUGAAUCCUACUGACUUUGGUGAUCCUCUGAGUUUUUCCUCUUUCUCCCAAUCCAUCCAAUAGUUGUUCACCAGAAGAGUCUCUUGUUUUUGAUCGCGGGUCAACAAAAUAGCAUUAUGUCAAAGUUAUGGCCUUGUGACGGGAAACGGUGGCGUGUUUAUAAGUUGUUGCCUAGCAUUUCCCCUCUGGUCUCCCCUCAUUCCACUUCAGCUAAUCUAAUACAAGCAGAGCAGGAACUUCUGGCUGACUGCAGUUAUUGUAAACAGCACAAAAUCAUCUAUGUAUGUGCGGGUGAGAGUGUGGUCUCUGCGGGCUACUCAAGAUUUUUCCUGAGAAAAGACUUUUUUUAAUGGUUAUUUUUCUACACAUUAGUUGUGUUUAAAAAGUUUCACGUACUCUGAUCCUUUAGUGGAAGCGGCUUUAAUCAAAAUUUUUACACUCAGUGUGAAAGAGGUCGCUUUCAGUGAUGAACUGACAGAUAAUUAUCACCUGAAUCUGCAGCUUGUCCUGGAUUUAUGCAGCUUUGUAGUGAGUUUCAGCUCAUUGUUUAUCUGUCUGGGCCAAAACUUUACUGUUCUGGUUCACUUGGUGAUGGCGUUUACAGCCACAGCAGGCAAAGGUCUAAGGGUCCAUUGUGCACUACCUGCUCCACAGAUAGACAUAUUACGGAAAUACAUCCUCAGUUACAUGUUUCAAGUUUCUUUUAAUGAAUGUGAUGAAACCUCUACAAGAUUGUGGAAAAAUGAACCUCAAUAAUGUUUGAAGUGUAACACAUUCAAAGUAAAUUGUAAAACUUUGGAAUACAUAUGUAAACAGUUAUUUAAAUAAAUAAAAUUGUGCACAAAAUCAGUA